AAACUAGCAAUCCGCGAUUACAUCAAAGAGCUCGGGCUCAACCACACGUUCAUCGAGGUCGGGCUCUGGUAUCAGGUCCUGCUCCCCUACCCGCCCAGCUACACCGACAAUCCCGUCGCCCACGCCAGCCGCCGGUACCGUGGUCCCGGUGACAUCCCUUGCGCCGCGACGGACCUCAAUAACAUCGGCACCUUCGUCGCGCGCAUCAUCGAUGAUUCUCGGACACUCAAUAAGACCGUCUUUGUCUGGGAAGACCAGGUCACGGUCGCCGACCUUUUCCGUAUCGCAGAAGAAAAGUGCGGGGAUGCAGAGGGGCUUCGGAAGGCUAUAGUCAAGGUCUCUGCGGACGACAUCGAAGCUCAAGUCCAAGCCAGCAUCGCCGCGGGCGAGGUGGCUAUACAACUUCGCAGCUUUGUCGAGUACUCGCGCAGCGUGUGCGUCCACGGCGACAAUACCGUGGAGAACGCGGUGCGGGACGGUGCCCUCGAUGCUCGGGAGUUGUACCCGGACCUGUACCCGCGCAAGAGUAUAGAGGAAUUUGCGGAUACGUGGUACCCAAACCCGCCGUACGUAUGGAACGAGGACGUGCUUGACAAGCUUCGCCCACCGUCAAGCACUUAG